AUGACUAAAUUUGAAUCCCCUGAGGAGACGAGAAGCGAAGAGAGCGAAAGAUGUCAGAUAUAUAGUUAUCAAAAUGGCAAAGAAGGAGCACGUGACGAUCAUGGCGCCGCACCAUAUAUAAGGUUUGGGAGAACGUCUAAAGUACUUUUGCCUGUGGUUUGUGCUUCCUGUGGUCUUUUCUCCACGAUAGCAGCGCCAAUUUACUACCCUGCUCUUGAUACUAUCAAAAAUCAAUUCGGUGUGAGCAAUGAGCUGGUGAAUAUCUCAGUGGUAGUUUGGUUUAUAUUUCGAGGCAUUUCACCAUCGAUUAUGGGUGGCUUCGCCGAUUCGUGGGACAGAAGACCAAUUGUUCUGUGGUCGCUUGCUGUUUAUUUAGCAGCUUGUAUUGGUUUGGCGAGGUCAACAACCUACGCACAAAUACUGGCUCUGCGAUGUGUACAAAGCGCUGGCAUUUCUCCCGUAAUCGCGCUUAAUAGUGGUCUCUUAGGCGACGUUACUUUGAGACAUGAAAGAGGAGGUUAUAUCGGCUUAACGUCAGGAAUUCAAUUAAUUGGCUCAGCGUUUGGCGCGAUCAUUGGAGCUGGGCCCAUUGCCCAAUGGGGAUGGCGCUCAGUAUUUUGGUUUUUGUCCAUAGGUUCUGGCGUUAGCCUUAUUACCAAUUCCUUCUUUUUGCCUGGAACAAAGCGAAGGCUGGUGGGAAAUGGCUCAAUUAUACCCAAAAAUUUGGCCAGCCGUGCGCCUAUCCUUUUUUACCUGCUGUCAAAAAAUCACUGCAUUUGGAUAAACCAGAGCCAGAGACUGUACGUCUCGAAGGCAGAGCUAGCUUUGUCUCCACGUUCAAAAUCUUGGGCGUUCCAAGUGUGCUGGUAGUUUUAAGUGCUGCUAGUGUUCAAUUUGCAAUCUACAGCUGCCACUUGACUGUUCUGUCUAGUAGUCUACAGAAAGAUUACGGGCUGGGAGUAUCCAAAGUAGGUCUUUACUACUCAUCAAGUGGCAUUUGUACUUUGAUCAGUGUGCUCGCCACGGGAAGGCUGUUGAACUGGAACUACAGAAGAAGAAUUAAUCAACAUGAGAAGAAACUCGCAGAUAGCAGACAAAUUCUGAUGAAGAAAAACUUCAACAAUGAGAUAUUAGUGAAUGAAGCAAUUGCACGAGAUCAAAAACUCAAAUUUAACAUCUAUCGCACGAGACUGGAGGUCGGUAUUAUACCCAUGCUUUUCAGUCUCGGAGGGUACAUAGCCUUUGGGUGGUGCCUGACGGCAAAAACGCAAAUUGCCCCGAUCCUUUUAUUCAGCGGAUUUGCGUCUUUAUUUUCCAAUUCAAUUUUCUCUUGUACUACAACACUGCUAGUGGACCUUUAUUUCGAUAAAGGCUCGAGUGCAGCAGCUUGCCUAAACCUCUUUCGAUGUUUAUUAGCUGCACUUUCUAUUGCGACACUGGACCGGAUGGAAGCAAAAAUGACUAUAGGAAGUACAUUCACUUUCAUGGUAGGUAUUGCUGCUUUGUUCGCCGCACUGAUGAUCUUUGUUAUUCGCUCAGCGAUGGCAAAGGAUACUUUUGCGGACAAUUUCUAG